AUGUUACGUCUUGCUGUAUCGCUCCUUGCGCUAUGCAGCGUUCCUUUCGCAGUUGCAUUGCCUAGCAAGCAUGCAUCGCAGACUGCAUCUAAUCCCACUGUCGAGCUCGAUUAUGGUACCUUUCGCGGCGCGUUGUCUUCACAGUACAAUUUAACAUAUUUCCGCAAGAUCCCAUUUGCAGCAUCAACAGCAGGCCAGAACCGUUUCCGCGCUCCGCAAUCACCACUACCCAUUACAAAUGGCACAUACGACUCUAACCAGGCGUUCGACAUGUGUCCCCAGCGGACGGUUAACGGCUCUGAAGAUUGUCUAUAUCUCGGAAUCUACUCCCGACCAUGGACCAAGAAGCAACAUCUCCGACCCGUCUUACUGACCUUCUACGGCGGCGGCUUCAUCCGCGGAGGCGCCACUUUCGACAUCCCUCCUUCCGGCUUCCCCGUCCUAAACGUCUCCUCCAGCAAUGACUACGUAGUUGUCUACUCCAACUACCGUACCAACGUCUUCGGUUUCCUCCCCGGCUCAAAGAUAGCACAACACCCAGACGUCGACCUCAACCCUGGACUUCUUGACCAAAAAGCCGCCCUCCAAUGGAUUCAUAAGCAUAUCCACCACUUUGGCGGCAACAAGAACAAAGUCACCAUCUGGGGCCAAUCCGCCGGCGGCGGCAGCGUCGUCGCCCAAACCAUCGCCACGGGAAACCGCGCCCCUUUUUGGCCGAAAACGUACCGCUACAACAGUCCCUGGGCAGAAGCCUUGUACCAGCAGACUCUCCAAGACGUAGGCUGCAAUGGUACUGCCGACGAAAUCGCCUGUUUGAAAGACGUCAAUGUGCAGAAGCUAAGAGACAGCGCAUUGAAACAGAGUACAAGCCAACAAUACACCACAUCUUCUUUUACCUACGGCCCCGUAAUUGACACAAAUUUCCUCACAGAAUCUCUGAGCGAGGUCAUUGCAAAGGGACACCUAAAUGCGGACACAGUGCUGACGAGUUACAACCUCCACGAGGGCGAGAAUUUCAUCCCACCCGGUUUCUCAAAAGCCGCUACAGGCGCCGAUGGCUUCAACUCAUCUGCCACGUCGUUUGAUAGCUGGCUUCGCGGCUACCUGCCUGACCUCACAGCCAAGGACCUAGCCAGCGUGAAAGAAAUGUAUCCAGCAGUAGGCGAAGCGGAGGAGAUAAGUUGGAAUACCACGUACAUUCGCGCGGGACUCUUGUAUCGUGAUAUCGUGCUUGCUUGUCCGGCGUUUUGGAUGGCGAGCAAGGCGGAGAAGGGGUGGAUUGUUGAGUAUACGAUUUCACCGGCUAAACAUGCUAGUGAUGUGCAAUACUGGAACACUAUUAAUCCGAUCCAAAAAUCCGACCCUCUGACUUACCAAGGUUACGCGGGCGCGCAGGCGAGUUUCAUUCAAACAGGUGAUCCGAAUGCGCAUAAGGUUACCAAUGCAAGUGUACCUGGUGUUCCAGGGUUAGAUAGCGGAAAGCAGUUCUUGGUUUCGGCAGGCGGGUUGAAGCAGGGCGGGACGGGGCUGUUGGAGAAGAGAUGUGGGUAUUGGAAGAGUGUGGCGGGGAGGGUGCCUGUUUAA